CUUGUUCUGCCGCUGGCGUUGCCUUGGUUUGGUUUCUGCUCUGCCUUCUUCCUCUAGGUCACUGUGAGCAAGCCGGUGCUAACACACUCGGUAGUGCAUACCAAGCUAGCAUUUGUGCUCACAUCCAUCCACAUUGCACACUGCAUUCCAACCAUCGGUCUCCGUACUAUCAACUAUCUAGCUUCUGGUACCCGAGCAUACCAUAAAUCUCAAGUGGAUCGGGUGAUUGAGAUCGAGCCCACCAGGACACCCAAAGUGUCACUUUCAGUGGGUAAGACAUCCCGCAUUCCAGCUCAAGUCAACCUGACAUCCAUCCCUAUCCAUCAAAGAUCAAUCACUCAAUCUAUCCAUUAUCUAACCCUUUCAUCAUCCAUCCUCCGGUCCAUCAAGAGGAAUACCCACCUAACCCAGCCGCAGAGUGCCCGUCUCGAGCACCACGCUCUUGACAUCCACUACCACUUUCCCCAUCAUGCCUCCCGUCCAAACCGCCGGCGACUUCCCCGGCAUCUCCAUCCUCGAAACCCUCACCACAACCACAACCACCAACCCCACCGAACUCGCCGCUUCACCGGACUCCAACCCCAGUCUUCAAGACAACAACAACAACAACAACAGUAACAAUGCCCCCCACCGCCACCUUCUCCACGUCCGCGACUCCACUCAAUACAUCCCGGGCAGCGGCACCGUGGAGCCGCACAACAUCAACAUGAAGGGACUGAUGGCGCUCUUCGCGAUCAUUGGGGCGGCCUUCGUGCUGGCGGCGAUCUGGUUCUUCUUCUGGGCCAGGAACGGCGGGUUCGUGUGGCGCAAGGGCGACUGGGAGGAGUACAAGUCGACGGUGCUGCGGCGCAAGGGGCCGGACGGGCGCACGCUCAGCAACGCGACCAAGAGCACCAAGCUCGGCGGCGGCAGUAUCGUGCACAAGGGCUACAGCGACGACGGGUACACGUACACGGAGACCGCGACGACCAUCACCGAGAAGACGGGCGCCCCCGGCGGCGGCAGCGCCGAGCGCAAGCGGCGCCGUAAGCUGCGCGAGAAGUUUCGGCGCCGCCGCAAGGACGACGAGAUGACCGCCAACUGGGAGAAUGAGGUCGACGAGGACGUCGCCGCUUACCGCAAGGAGAAGCCCGCGCGCGUCGGCGGCAUGAACCGCGAGGGCGACGGCACCACCUACUACGACGGCAGUGACUACGAUCUGUCUAACCCGCCGAGCUACUGGCAGGACCGCGAGCAGAGCGAGGUCAGCCAGGUGCGGGACUAUGCGUACGAUCCCGUCGUGGAGCGGCGGCAGAGCAAGCGCCGCGAUUUCUCGUUUGUGGCCGGCAGUGAGGAGUUGCUGAGCCAGGCGGACGAUCAUCACCACCGUACGAUCCGGGAGCCGUCGACCAGAAGACAUAAUCGCCGCCGCGAGCGCAGGAGACACGCCCCGACCGACGGUGCUGGUGCUGGUAGUACCAGUAGCCCGUCCCGCUCGUCCCGGCAGAGUAGUCCCCGCAAGCGUCCGUCCGUGACGGGCCACUACACCGAGCCGCUGGAUUUCUCCUCCGCGGCCUCGCGCUCCGAGUAUCAGUACUCCAACGUCGACACCGAGGACUCGGGCACCAAGAGCUACCACCAUCCGAUCCCCGGAUUGAGUAAAGGCUACCGCCGGGAAGGGGGUCGGGGCCGUCGGCGCGAUAGUCUGAGCGAGAGUGAUGGCGAGGAGACUCGGUACUCGAGACGUUAACGCACUCCCUCCCUCUGUCUCUCGCCUUCCUUACGCAGCAACAUCUUCAUCAACGAUGACAGCGAUCGAGGAGGGAUAGGGAGUCUUGCUUGUAAAUAAAUGGCCUUGGCCUUGGCCAUGCAUUCUGUCUCUGCGCGUUAACUUCUUCGGACUUUGCCUCUUUUUUUUUCUCUUUCUAUGCUUUGAAACCGAGCUGCGAAAUGUUGACAUGGGAUUAUGAUUGAUGGG